GACAUCUCUCACAUUUCUUUACCUCAAAGCUUUUGAUGCACAGACUGGAACUCCUCUAUAUAAAAAAAACACCCGAUCCCCACUCAUUACCUCAUCUCAUAUUCUUCCAACUGCAUUUAAUCCCGUAGUUGGCAGAAGGUGACACGGUUGCGAUUAAGUUUGAAUGGCAAGCCAAGCUAGGCCAUGGCGUCGGUUGCCCUCAAUGAUUCGGGGCCCAGCCCCGGUCCCUCCACCGCCCACGCCUGCACCUGCACCUGCUGGGCCACCCCCAACCGCACCGGUGGCCCGUCCGCCUGUUGCUGCUCCCGCAUUCAGGGCCGCAUCUCCACCUCCACCUCCACCCCCACGAGAGCCCACUCCGCCUCCACCCCCUCAGCCUCAGCCUCAACGAGAGCCCACUCCGCCUCCACCCCCACCACCAGCUGCUGCUUCUCCUCCUCCCCCUCGUCCUGCAGUUCCAGAACCAUCAGCCCCACCUGAGCCUCCAACUCGGGGAGCAACCGUCGGGUCUGUUCCAUCAUCUCCAGUUUCGAGACCCGCUGGAGCAGCAUGGGCCCCGAGUUCAACAUCUUCAUUGCCACCUUCUCCUGCUCCGGCUCAGCGGACAUCGCCACCCGCAGUUACUAGUCCUCCAGUAAGGAGUCCUAGAGUUUCGGCUCCCACUUCACCAGUUCAGACUCGGAACGGGGUCCCAUCUCCUUCCGCUCCUCCUCCUGCACCACCGCCGACUACUACUGCUGCUGCUGCUGCUACAGCAAUGCCAGUGCCAAGCCCGAAGAUGGAGAGCAAGCGCAUAAUGACUCCUGUUCCAUCUCCUCCUAAAGUCAUUAAGCCUGAGGCCGAGGUCCGAACCCCUCCUCAGUCGCCCAAGACUAGGCCCGUGGCUCCACCGCCUUCCCCAUUGGCCCUGCCCCCAACCCAAAUAAAGACUAUGGAAGCCGAGCAGAAGACAAUUACAAUGCAUCAGAAAGUUUCUGAUCAAAAUCAUAAGCCCAACGGAGGUGGAGAAAUGCCGCGGGAACCAGCUAGGGACACUCGCAAGCAUGAACAUGGCAACGGCAUUAUGGAUGCCCACAAGAAGCAUCACGAUAAGAAGCAUUUGGAUACAGAGGAGGCGGGCGUGAAGGUCAUAACAAUUGCAGGAGAGAACAAGGGCGCCAUGAUGGAGCUCCUCCGUUCCCCCAAGAGCGGGAGGUUUCUCCACAGGAUAGGCAAGAGGAGCGAUGGAGACGAAUCGGGAAGCUCAAGCAGCAGCAGCCGUGAAGGCAAGCAAAAGAUGAAGGACAAGACUCUCAAGUCGAAGGCGAUGCUGUCCCCUCCAAUGACUGCAUUCAUGAAUAGCAACGUGCAAGGCGUCAACAAUUCCAUAGUCUAUGACUCUUCCUGCACUCACCACGAUCCGGGCGUCCACCUCUCCUUCUCCAGGAAGCCUUCAUCCAAUGGCAUCCACCACGUCAAGGACAAGGACAGCGCCAAGGGUCACUAGAAGUCAUCACCAAAAAGAGGAGUUUCCUUCAUUUUAUAUUUGAUAUAUAGAGGAUCGGUGAUGUUCGCGUCGCGAAUAAUAAUAAACUUUGAAGUGCAAGAGGUGUUUGUAAUAAAUAGGGAGUGGGAUUCUUAUUCUUCAUGGUAGCAUUCCACUUCCAGUGGAUGUAAAGCGAAGAACUGAAGAUGGCCCCAUCCCUUUCAAUUUGGUUUUCUGGCGUGUGACUAUGUAUUGUACAAUCAUCAGUUCCAAUAAAGUGGCUAUUCGUUUUGAAA